UUACGUUUGUAUUUUGAAAUAAGAAAUUCGGUUAUUCACUUUAGUAUUAUAAUAUUUUUGAAAGUGGGGGUUUUUACACCAUAUAAGCGUUGUAAACCUCUCGAGGAUUUUUUGAGAAGUAACUGUACAGCUCUUUUAUGGGAUGGGAAGAACGAAGAACGUUUUAACCCUUUGCGCUCGAGAGGUGCCUCUCAGGCACCACUCGGAUCGAGGCGGCAAAUUGAGCGAUAACGGUGUUUAUUUAGAUUUGGCCUAACGAAUAUUGCUUCACGAGUCUAUUCCUAGCUCUCAUGAAAUAAGCGGGAGCAGCUAAACUCCUCUCGAGUUCGCUCGAGCGAAAAAGGCCUCGAGCGCAAAGGGUUAAUAUAUAUCUUACGUAGUAAAAGUGUCGCAAUAUCACAAUUAUGCUGCUCUGUUACAAUAUAUAAUAUUGUUACCAAAUCGUUGCUGAAGAACAAUAACUUGUUACUUCUCACCCCUGUAAGUACAAUACGCGAUAUUAUUGCAUUGUAGAUGCGCACACAUGUUUAGAAAUUGAAUAAUCGUAUGACAUACGAUAAACAAGUCAUAACAGAUUAUCCGGCCAGGUCGGGUAGGAUCGCGCAAGGUGUCGACUUUAUCAAUAAGCCUGUCUCUGUCUCUGAAACAUGUUACACUUUUUACUGUUAGAGUGAAAAAAACGUACAACUUAUCGUUGAAAGAAAACGAAGCAAGUUCCAGUGCAACUGUAGUUCAGGAACAAAAAACGCAUCCGAAAUGAUCUCUUUACAGCGAGAAUCCGACGACGGUUAACUGCGUUAUUUGCGUGCCGACCGUCAGAUGGCGCUCGUAUCCCGUUCCGCGGGCGGCUCUGGAUUGACCCGUGUCGCGGCAUAGCGGUCGUUCCGCCGUCGGUGUGUAUAAUCGUCGGAGUCGAUCAGUAACAGCUGACCCGUUGGUCGGUACGUUGUCGUGUUGCUUACUCGUAGAAGCGAGCUGCUCUCGGAGCCCGCGUCCGAGGGUAGAGUUUGUAAACGAGUUCGGACUGCGCGCACUAGCGUGUGUUGGUGCGUGCGUGUACCUGCGUACAUACGUACGUGUGUGUGCGUCCCGGAAGAAACGGAGACGAGUGGUAUGCCGAUCACAGUCCGUCCGUCCACCGCGAGCCGCUCUGCGUGACGAGGAGACGACGAAUGUUCACGUGCGCACGUCACGACUGGCAUGUCGUGCGAGGUGAGCGAUCUCAUUCGCCUUUCGCAAAAAGCUCGGUACCCUCGGUCCACGUGCGUAUCGGUCGCGCGUUCCUGCCGCGCUACUUGAUGAAGGGAGAAAACAGAAGCGAACGCCACGCUUAGCGGUCGUUCUCGUUGGUCUGCUCCCGCGGUAGCGUCGGAACGUGGCGGAACGUAAUUUUCGGCGAUGCCGAAAGCAGACGAGAGCUAAAGCGAGCGAGCGAGAAAGAGAGAGAAAGACGCCGCGAUAUAUAUAAACAUGUACUAGAUAAGAGUGUAUAUAUGCGCGUAUACACACGAGCGCAACGAGCCAUACGAAAGAGACACAGGAAGGGAAACGAGAGGGGAAACGGAGCGAGUGAAGUGGAAGCAGAACGACACGCAGGGACGCCGAGACUCGCCCGAGACUCGUGGCCGAGAACGCACGUGGGCAGCGUGGGCGCGACCGAAGACAAUUUCUCUCUCUAUGUAUGGAUGUACACACACAUAUAUAUAUAUAUAUAUAUCUUUCUCUCUGCUGAAACGGUACACAACACUGGCCCGUAUAUACACGUGUGUACUUUCGCACAAGUACCAAGCGGCGAUCGAUUGCGCGCGCUGCAUCGGCGGCGACCCGUCGUCAUCGGGAACCGAGGAAGGAGCAAUGUCCCCGCAACCUUACAAGCGCGAUCUUAAGCGCGCUGCGACGCGCCGUCCUGUUGUGUCGCCGCAACCUCUUUCGUGAGUCGCGUCGAAAGUCCCCCCCUCUCUCGUUCGCACAGGGUUCGUGGCACACGAACGAACGCAAACGCCCGCCAUCGGGUGGUACGCGUUUGCGUGAAGCGCGCUUCUACCCUCUGGUCGCUUCGGGCGCGUGACGUAAUCCAUUCAAGCGCUUACUACGCAAUACACAAGACACGGUCGUGUCUGCCUCUCCGCCCGUCCCGCUCGCUCCGGCGUAUUCUCUCUCGCUCGCGCUUCGUCGCGCCCGCUCAAUGCCUGCGACCUCUUUCGCUCCCCACCAACCCCUUCAUCGUCGCCGCGUCGCGGCGCGCCCUCCUUCUCUGUUUUGAUCGUUCGCCGCCGGCGCGUAGGGUGCUCUCCUCCUCGCGAAAGAGAGCGAUCGGAACGAUCGACGGAAAAAGCGCGACACUGCCGUGACUCUCGAUUUACGUAGGACGACGACAACGGCGCGGAGUCCUCGUUGUGUGUGAUCGCCGAAAUUCUGGCUUUUUCUCCCCUCCAUCCCCCUCUCUCCCGUUCGACGCGCGGCCCGAGUUCGAUUCGGAGUUUCGCCGUGUGUAACCGACGUACCGAGCUCUAGCGUGUCGCGUAAAGUGUGGAUAGAUUCCUACACCCACGUACGCCGCGCUGAAUCGAAGCCCGCAAGGUUGGUACUCUCUCCGACUUACGGUCGCGUUCGGACGCUGCGAAGGACUUCAUUUACCUGCGACUUCCAUCCGGGGAAUUUAUGCACUCGUCAUUAUGUAACGUGAGAAUCACGCUCAAUGCCAAGGCGAACGGUGGCUCGAAUACGGCGGCGAGGAUAAGAAGUGUCCCCGAAUGUGUGUUCCGCCCUCUCCUGCGUUCUUCUUCUUUCUCCUUGUCGCUCCAGCGUGCUCUUUUUCUCUCUUCGUUUCGGACCCUCACAAAGACGACGGUGUAGGAGUGCGCGUCCGGCGAGAUCAAUCGACCGAAGGUGUGCGACGCAGUAGUUUGUGUACGUCGCGAGCGUCGCGCCGCGGCUCAGUCGCCCUUAAGUGCGGAACGCGUGUGAAGAGCGAGAGUGCGUCGUUCGUUGUUUACGUUCGCGCGGCCACCAUUUCGGCCCGAUCGCAGCCUUCGAUCAGUGCGUCAUAAAUAGCGAUCUCGCUCUCCGCCGGACGCGUCGCGUAAUUGGGAAAGUAGGCGACGAUGAUCGGUAAUCGAUGGCCGGACGAGUGCGUUAUAUCUUAUCGAGCUCGAUCGAAGUGACGAUCUUCCCAGAGGCGUCAGUCGCGCCACGUCGUGUCAAUUCACAACAACGUCGCCGAGCUCUCUCUCCUUCCUUUCCCCUCGUUAGGGACGCUAGCGGCUUCGUUCGCACUCGUUGACACACAGUCGUUGACGUACGCGCGAAACCGAGCGACCCACGUGCCGUACGGCCCUGAGGAGAUAAUCGCCCCUGUGUUUUCGCGAUUUACGGGAGGACCGCGUGCCUACGAUAGAGAGACCGGCGGGGAGAUACCGCGGAGCCUGGGCUGCUGUCCUCUUCGGUCUCGGCUCUGCGGGAAGACGAAGUGAGCAGAGAAAGUGAUUUCGGACUAUCGGCAUGGCAAGUAAUGUGGGACACGCUGGCGGCAGUGCUCUACCAGUGAUUGUGUUAUCGACGCACCACCAUCGACGUUGGCCGGCAGUACUUUUAGCGGGAACGCUGCGCUGUAUCGACGACCCACGUGAUUACGGCGCGGCGUCGAAAUUAUGAAGGACUGGAAACACUUGGUCCCCGACGAAGAGCUGCUUUGAAGACAUUUCGCGACUGCCACAGAGCGGAGGAUCUUGCGCGUCCCGUCCGCGGACACACGCUACUCGCGGUUCGCGCUUUCUUCGCGGAUCGCGGGGCGGCUCGUCCUCUUCUGAUCGCAGUCUCGUCCUUAAGAGGCGUUUGAAAUAAUCGGCCGAGCGAUCGACUGGACGCGUGGGCGGGAGAAGAGACAGAGAGAGUUCAGGGGUCGAUCGGAUUCAAUCGUCGAUCAAUCGAAGCGGCGAAAGUGGUGGUGGUAGUGGUCGGGGAUAGGCACGUGGGGGAUAAGAAUCGGGAGGAUCCAGCAGCGCGCGGUGUUCAAUGAGACAAGGAGAUGAGGACCAGAAAGUCACUGCUGAUCGUUCUGCUGUGCGUCUCGGUGGCGAGCCUGGCGCUCUGCCAAGAGAGAAGGUGGCCGAAAGCGACCACGAAGCACCGGGAUAAAAGCGCCAAGGGCAAGUACGAGCCCGAUUACGCGGACAGGAUAAGGGAGGCGGAGGACUCCGAGGAGUUAUACUAUGAUCGGGGUUCGCCGGCCGCCAACGACUUCUACUUGGAUCUCCCGGACAAGCUGGCUUAUAGAAACAACAGGGCGAUCGAUAACUCCAGAUCCACGGAGGUCGGGUCCAAGAACAAUCAGCAGUCUAGUCAGUCGUCGAAUCUGCCCAAAUCGCACGCCAAGUCCAGCGAGGAGUCGCGGGAGAAGGGGCACACACUCAAGAACGUGACUAUCGGGGACGGAAUUUGCCAGAGCAUAGACGUCAGGAACAGCGUGGUUCUCUUCUCGAUACUGAACGAUUGCCGCGUGAUCGAGGGUUUCCUGCAGAUCGUGCUGAUCGAGAACAAUACCGAGGCGGACUUCGAGAACAUCAGCUUCCCGAAGUUGCGCGAGAUCACCGGCUACCUCCUCCUGUACCGCGUGGACGGUCUCAAGAGUCUCAGCAAGCUCUUCCCGAAUCUGGAAGUUAUCAGAGGCAACAUACUCCUCACGGACUACGCCUUCAUGAUCUACGAGAUGACGAGCUUGCAGGAGAUCGGCCUCAUCAAUCUGACCAAGAUCUCCCGGGGCGGCGUGCGCAUCGAGAAGAAUCCCGCGUUGUGUUUCACGAACACCUUAAAUUGGAGCCUGAUUGUGCCGGCCGGCGAGAACUUUAUCAAGGACAACAGAAACGAGCAGAAUUGCCCGCACACGAAAGGAUGCUCUCAGUGUCCCGGCGGUUACUGCUGGACUGCCCAACACUGUCAGAAGAUAGCGAGACCGAAGUGUCACCCGCAGUGCCUCGGGGAGUGCUACGGGCCGACCGAGAGCGACUGUUACGUGUGCAAGCAUUACCGACACGAGGGGAAGUGCGUCGAGAGCUGUCCGCCGAAUCUGUACGCGUAUCUCUCGAGGCGAUGCAUCACGCAGGACGAGUGCCAGAAGAUGAAUCGCAUCAAAAGAUUGCCCAAACUGGAGAGCAGCCACACGUGGCGACCCUUCAACGGUUCCUGCGUCACCCAGUGUCCUGACGGGUUCGAGGAUGACGUCGACGAGAAAAAUGCGACAAUCUGCCGGAUGUGCAAAGGUCGGUGCCGUAAAAUCAGCAACGGCGCCAUCAUACGCCACAUCUCGGACGCGCAGACCUUUCGCGGUAUAACGGUGGUGAGGGGACCUCUGGAGUUCCAGAUCAGGAACGGCAAUCCGAACAUAAUGAACGAGCUGGAGGACGCGUUCGGUCAGAUCGAGGAGAUCACCGCGUACCUGAAGGUCACGCACUCCUUCCCAAUCACGUCGUUGAGCUUCUUUAAGAAGCUCAAGGUAAUCAAGGGCGAGAACCUGGACAUCAACAACGGCAGCCUGGUGAUCCUGGACAACCCGAAUCUCUCGUCGCUCUUCCCGCUGACGCAGAGGAUCAAGAUCGAGAACGGCAGGCUGUUCUUUCAUUACAACCCGAAGCUCUGUCUCUCGAAGAUCGAGCAGCUUGGCAAAACGGUGAACAUCACCAACUUCACGAAUCUCGAGGUGCAGCCGGAGUCGAACGGCUACAAGGUCUCCUGCAACAUCGUCAACAUCAACAUCACGGUGAGGAACGAGGCGGCCGAUCACGUCGUCCUCACUUGGGACAGCUACAAGGCGCAGGAGGGACAACAGCUGCUCAGCUACUUGCUGAGCUACAUCGAGACCGACAACACGAACAUCACGUACGAGGGGAACUCCUGCGGGAACAACACGUGGCAGAUGGUCGAUGUCGACAUACCGAGCUGGAGCUCGACCGUCUCGAAGCACAUCGCGAAUCUGAAGCCGUACACCAAGUACGCUGCUUACGUGAAGACGUUCAUCGCGAGGAACGACAAGUUGGUCAGUCCGGUGGGUCAGUCGGAGAUCAUCUUCUUCCGCACGAAGAGCACGAUACCGUCGGUGCCGACGAACGUGAUCUCCAGCGCGAUCAGCGACAGCGAGAUCCUCCUCAAGUGGGACUCGCCGAUCUACCCGAACGGCCCGAUCGGUUACUACAUGAUCUCCGGUGAGAUUCAGCUGGACGACAAGGAGCUGAUCGCGUCGCGCGACUAUUGCAACGACACCUUGGUGAACGAGGUCGACGAGGUGGAGGUGCAGGAAGAGGUGACGGUCAAGACGCCGGCUCCGAAUCCUGCCUCCUGCUGUUCCAAGGACGUGAACACGAAGAGCACGGCCUCCUCCAAGCACUUCGAGAUAUUCUGCCACGAGAACACGAGCAUCAGCAACUUGUCACCGGGCUGGAAGGACUACUGCGUGUUUAACAACUACAAUUCCGCGGAGAACCGCUUCUACGACCUUGCGAACAAUCUCUCCUUGGCUUCGUCGCAAGAGCCCGUCGGUAACGGUAUCGCGAUUAAUCACCGGAACAGUCAGAUGUUCCUGUACAACGUCAGCGCGCAGAACAACUCGUACCUUCUGAGCAAGCUGCGCCACUACUCCCUGUACACCGUCACGAUCGCCGCGUGCGGCGUCAAGGUGGAGAACGUCCCGAUGUGCUCGUCCAUACGGUACACGAACACCAGGACGAAGCGGCGGCCGGACGCGGACGACAUCGAGGACGUGAAAGUUCACGUGAGCAACGAUACGAUCGUCGAAGUGAUCUGGGAGUUGGUGAAAGACCCGAAUGCUUUCACCGUCUCGUACACCAUCGAAUACACGAAUCUGGACGUGAAGGACGCGAAGAAGAGCACCGAGUGCAUACCGUACGCGAUAGGCCGGCGACCGGAGGGCAGAUACAACAGUCACUACAUCAGGAACCUCAGCCCGGGCAAAUACAGCCUGAGAAUGCGCUCGACCUCGUUGGCGGGUGACGGCGCCUUCACCGCCGUCGUUUUCUUCUCCGUCGGCCUGUCGGACAAAAACCAGGUGCUGCUAACGACGCUGCUGAUCCUCGGUAUACUGAUCGUCGGCCUGCUCGUGGUCUUCCUCAUCUUCAGGAACCACCAGAGGCGGCGGAAGCAGGAGCGGCUGAUCGCGAGCGUGAACCCGGAUUACAUCGAGACCAAGUACAUCGUCGACAACUGGGAGGUGCCGCGGGAGAACGUGGAGAUCCUGGAGGAGCUCGGCCUCGGAAACUUCGGCAUGGUGUACCGUGGCUGCCUGAACGGCACGCAGGUGGCGAUCAAGACGAUCUCCGAGAUCGCCAGCCAACGGGAGAAGAACGAGUUCUUGAACGAGGCCUCGGUGAUGAAGAACUUCUCGACCUUUCACAUAAUCAAGCUGUUGGGCGUGGUCUCGAUCGGCAAUCCGCCGUUCGUCAUCAUGGAGCUGAUGGAGAAAGGCGACCUGAAGACGUAUCUGCGGAGCAUUCGCGACUCGGAGAUGGUGCCGAACGCCUCCCGGAUAAUGCGCAUGGCCGCGGAGAUCGCCGACGGCAUGGCCUAUCUGGAGUCGAAGAAGUUCGUGCACCGUGACCUCGCGGCGCGCAACUGCAUGGUCUCCAAGGACCUCGUGUGCAAGAUCGGCGACUUCGGCAUGGCGAGGGACAUCUACGAGACCGACUACUACAAGAUCGGCAAGAAGGGCCUGCUGCCCAUCCGCUGGAUGGCGCCGGAGAACCUCUCCGACGGCGUGUUCACGUCCGACUCGGACGUCUGGUCGUUCGGCGUGGUGCUCUACGAGAUACUCACCCUCGCCGAGAUCCCGUACCAGGGCUUCUCGAACGAGGAAGUGCUCAACUACGUCCUGCACAAGGGCAUGCUGAACGUGCCGCGUAACUGUCCCGAGAACAUCCAGAAGAUCAUGGAGAAGUGCUUCAAGUGGCGGCCCAGCGACAGGCCCACCUUCAUGGAGAUCGUCUCCGAGCUGGAGCCGUUCCUCGGCCAGGACUUCUGCGAGAAGUCCUUCUACCACUCGGACGAUGGGAUCGAGAUACGCAGCCUCGGCAUCAAGAAGGUCUACCACCACGCCGCGCCGAUACGCUUUCACUGGGGCAACGAGACCGCCCGCUGGGUCAAGGACUUUGAGGACAACGUCACGCUGCUCGACCAGAUGAAGGCCGGCACCAGUCGCGGGCGGAUCUUCAAGAACGGCUUCCAGCACUUCGAUGCGGAAUUGGACGACAGUAAACAAUCAAUAAGUAGUGACAAGACAAAGUAGCUAAUUAACGAGACGCAAUACACGUUACAGUUCGAGAUCUCUGGAACGGGUCUCUCGCAGCGCAUCGGGACGUUUCGCCUUUCGCUCAUAAUAACGAGCAUAUAAUUCGCUCUUUCCACCUGCUUGCGCUUUAUUCGAAUUCCGAUAACGACAUCGAUCCUCCUUACUCCGCGGACCGGAGUAUCUCUCUCUUCUCUAUCCUUUUCUAUCGCGGUUAUGUAACGCGGGGAGAGAAACUGAUCGCGAUUAAUGUCGCGGAGAAACCGCAGAUAUAUUUCUAUUUGCCUCUCGCGUGGGGACGAGCCGCGAUAGGGAGAGAGACUCUCUUCUCCGUUCCAACGCAAACAUCGUCCUCGAGAGAAGCUCUCGAGACUCGUUCCAGUCCAGCGUGAUGUUUUCGGGGCCUCUCCAGAGGUUUCGGAGGCAGCGUGUCAUCUGUACAGCGGAGAUAACCGAGGAGUGCUUGCGACGAAAGAAAGUAUAACAGCGAGUUUUUUACGAUAUCCUGCCCGAUGAUUGUACGGUACGAGGAAGAGUUAUCAACCGUGCGUUGUCCCGUCCCGGGCAAGUGAAGUUGGGGAGCGCGAUUAUACGCCUCCCGGAUCUCGAGCACGGCUCGAUUUUCCGACUGUUUCGCGAUCCCCUCGUCCGCACCCAGCGAUGGACCGGUGAGGGCCGUCAGAGACGAAGCGUACCGCAAUUAGUGAUCACGGCCGGCUUAAUUGCGACGCGUUCCAUCGAAGCGGACACAGCUCUAUCUUAAUCUCGAACUGCUCGGCGAACAUGAACGCGCUCUUGGACUCUGGAGAUUCCGGAAACACGGCUUCCGCGGGCAGGCACGGGGAAUCUCCGCGCGACUCGACUCGAUCUCGCGCGCGCGCGGAUACAAAAAAACGAACGGUAUCAGCUGAGAAUCUCUUUGUCCGGUGCGACAAUCAACGCGGCUCGUAGAAGGACGACCUUGUAAAAAGAAAAAAAAAAGGCGCGUGUGUAAUAUGUAACAUAGCGGUUCCGAUUUUGUCCGAUUAGCUCUUCGUAGCUCUUCUUUGUUUCUUUAGCCUAACUCUUUGGCGUAUGUUAUUAUUAUUAUUAUUAAAAAAAGAAACAAAAAGCGUGUGUAACGAACGUUUCUAUGUCGAUAGUCGAAAAGGAUAGAAGAUGUGUUUAGAAUCGCGUGUUCUCCUCUUACAAAGUUCGAGGCGCACGUUCGUAUUAACCAAGACAUAAAAUAGUGUGUGGGUGUGCGUAGUGAGCGUAUAAAUAUUUUUUGUAAUUCAUACAACUCGGUGUAUGACUUCUACGCUAAGAGAAAAAAAAUAUUGCGUUCAAGUAAAUACUUGCUUAGAAAUAUUGGAAUAAUUGAAACGCUUGAAACGGGUCAGCUCCAUUUUUGGAAAUUGUACAGUGUCAACAAAGAACUAUUUUGCAAAGUAAAUUAUGUGAAUUUUUUUCGCGAAAAUCGUUUAACCGUUUGAGUGUCAAGGAGCGAUUUUUGCGCUUCUUCUGUUUCGCUCGAAAAGUACCAGCAUUCUAGGCUGCGAAGCCGAUAACCGGCACACGCUCGGCUUCUGUCGAUGCGCGACUUUACGGCUACCAUUCCGUUUUAGGUAAAAAUGAAAUAAUGAGACAACUGAUAAAAGAACGAAUUUUAAUUGCAAUCUAACAUUUGGACGGCAAUCAUCGAAGAAUAAGACAAGCGCUAUCGCGCCCGUUUCCCCUAUUUGGCAUUUCUGGAUGGGGAAUAAGACAAGCGAAAAAGCGCUCCUUGGCACGUUUGGACGGAGAAACAGCAGAGACGCGUGGCACUCAAACGGUUAAAUAUAUAAAGAUCGUCCUGUUAAUGCAUUUUUGGAUAAAAAUGAUUUAAUUGGUAAUGACAGUUUUGAUAAAAAAAAAAUAUUUCUUUCUUAAAUGUAGCUGAAAUCGGUUUUCGCACCGAGCUCUUUAAUUAUUUUAUUUGGAUUAAGUUAUUUGAAUGUAGCACACUGAGAGAAGAGAAAAUGCCACAUUCAGAUAAUAUCGAUUUAAUCCAAGUGGAAUAAUUAUUCCGACAUUCCUCGGUAAAUAUUUACUUGAAUGUAACACUUUUUUCUCUUGCAAUGUAGUAAAAUUGCAAUGUAGUAAAGAUAAAAUUAUUUACACGGCUAUACUUUGCGAGGAUAAUAAUAAUUCGAUUUUUGAUUGAAGCAUGCGAGAUUCAAACGGUCAAUGUCGAGUUGAAUACUCGAUACCUCGAUAAUUAAUCGGACGACACCGCGGAAAGUCGCACAGUGGAGAGUAAUUUUACUCGCCAAGAUCGCGGAAAGCUUCUUAGCGUGCCAGAGUCGAAAAGUCUAUUAACGUUCCGACGGUCGUUUUAUUUGCACGCUUACCACUCGCGUUUACGCCCGAGUACUACCAUGUAAAUACACAGUUACAUACACCGUUUGUGUAUAUAUUUUUUUCGAAUAUGCCGCAAUGCGGUGGCGGUCGUCGAUAGACGAUAAAUCAGAAGGAGGAGGAGGAGAAGGAAGCUGCGCUGGCCGACCAUGCGAGCGUUCAUUAUAGCAAUACGAUUAGCAUUCUCGCUACGAUAAUUUUCACCAUAACGACCAUAGCAGUUAACAGUAAUGACUUGAUGACGAGGUCUAGGAAGAGAGAGAGGAUCGCUUAGAGUAACGUAGCCGAAACAUGCAUUUUUCACCGUAUGUCGAGAUCCUGCCCCGAUUUAUUCAGUCGCAUCACUCGGACGUCGGUACGGCGCGUUUCUCCCAUCUUUUAGUAGAUAGCGAUAAUCGCUCGAUAGCGCCCCGAUAAGAGACAAUUAUUUAUGCGUAUUUAUGUUACAUACAUACACACACAUAUAUGUGUGCAGCAGGGUGCAAGUGUGAAAUAGAGGCGACGAUCCGCAGCGAGAUCUGAAGCAAAGACGAAGCUCCGAGAGAAAAAGAGAGAUAAAGAGAAGGGAAACUCGCUCGUAAAACGUUUCCCCGGCGAGAAACCGCUCUGCAUCAGAUCGCACGCGACUUGUGGCCGCGCGCAUCCUGCACGCACCGAGAGAGCUACACUCAUUAAACACUUAAAUAAUAUUUAAUUUUAAUAGUGUGUGUAUUCCGACAACAUUGAGGUGGAAAAGCGGCCGGACGAGUGAAAUCGGCGAUCAAAUCGUCUCGUUCGAAUGAUCAUCCUGUCCGCCUAAGAAAUUACGAGCGUUGAUACAACGACGCGAUUACGUACGCGCGUGCGUGGUUGAAAUUUCCUGAACGGAUCGCAAUCGUCGGAACGGUCAACAACUCGUUACAGUAAUUGCAUGAUUUGUUGAUUACCGACGUUGACGACGUUCGCUCGAACCGAGUUUCGCCGAUUCCACCGCUUCCGUUUUUACUUCCCGGUGCCGCGGUCUCGCGCACGUCAUACAAUCCUGCCGCCGUAAGAGUAAUAUAUAUACGACGUACGUUUAAGUAUUUAUUCCUACUAGAGAUUAUAUUUUAUUAUUAUACGUGCUUUUUCGACACAAGGCUCCUCUGCCACGAGAGGAAACACGUCGUACCGCGUCGCACACAAUAUCGACUGCUUCUUUACCCUGCUCUGCCCCCCCCCCCCCCCCCCCC